GAACGCGACGUGGGCAUUCAGUGGAGCUGUUCGGCUUUCAGUGAGCGGCUCCGUUUGUCAGGAACACCAUGGUGCUGUUAGAAAACGACGCGUUUCUCACUGAACUCACACGCCUCUUCCAGAAGUGCAGGACCAGCGGCAGUGUGGUGAUAACGUUAAAGAAAUACGACGGGAGGACAAAGCCAGUGCCGAGGAAAGGCCAUCCAGAGACAUUUGACCCAGCUGACAAUAAAUGUCUCAUCAGGGCAUCAGAUGGCAAGAAGAAAAUUAGCACAGUGGUCAGCACUAAAGAAGUAAUAAAAUUUCAGAUGGCGUACUCCAAUUUAUUGAGAGCACACAUGGAUGGCUUGAAGAAGAAAGACAAGAAGAGUAAAAGCAAGAAGACUAAAGCUACACAGUGAUUUAAAAAAAAAUAUCAAGGAGAGAGAGAGAGGAGCUGUUUAUUCUGAAAGACCACCUUCAGUGACAUCCAGUACUCACCUGUGUCCUGACCUCAACAACCUUUCCUUCACGCUGUUGCUGUGUGGCACUCUACAGCCACCGGAGGAGUGGAGGUCGUUUUCUCUGCCCGAAUAUUAUCUUGACAUCUUCCUUGUUCGAAACGGUUCGGUUGGUCGAGAUUUUGCUACAAUCAUCGGGUAUAAUUUGGUGGUGCCAUAUAUAUAUUUUUUUUCUUGUCAAUUUUUAAAUGCAUCGUAAAAGAUUGCCCAGUCUCUGCUCCUUAUGAUGGAAGUUCACCAUGAUUGUCCAGGAUUUACAUCCACUGACUUCAGAGGAGUAUAUACAUUUUUUUAAUUCUGAAAGAUACUUCUAUGUUUAUUACUCGAGUCCACCAUAGUUAUUUUAUCCCAAUCAAUGUUCGUGCCUUUAUGACACACUCCCCCCCUACAUCUCCCCCCUCCCUUCCAUGCAUUUUGGCACAAAACCAUGCAGCACAGUGGAUUUCUAGGUUUAGAGUUAUUGUUUCAGUUGUUGGCCCAAACAGUGCAAUGAGCAAGUAUCACAAUGUUUAGAUGAGCGGUUAACUUAUUCUGAGUUCGAAAUAAACAGUGUCCCAGUCCA